AUUAAUCCUGCCACCCGUGCGAAAGCAGGGUAUAGAAGGAGGCUUUUAAUUAUAGAUAGGCAUUCUAGCUAUAUUAAUAUGGAGUUUAUUAGGGCAUAUAAUCGGCUUAAGAUUUUACUUCUGAUUUUACCUCCAUAUUCCACAUAUCGUCUUUAUCCUCUUAAUAUUAGUUAUUUCCUUCUAUUAGCUAUAUGCUAUAUUACUAAAAUUAAUAAGAUUAUGGAAAAGAGCGGGGAUAUUAUUACUAUAACGAAAAGGAUGUUUUGGGACGCUUUUAAACCUGUAUAG